CCAACUUCCAUUGGCUUGCGAAAAAUAGAAAAAGGCUACGUGCGUUUUUGGUGAUGACAGUGCCGAAGAAAGGAUUCACAUUCAUAUCAUUUCACAAUCAAAACGCAUCAAUUUCAUUUUUCUUUUCAGUGGUCGUAAUAUAAAGAACCGUCACAAAUCCACGCAACAACAUGAUGAACGAUUGGAGAUAGGUUUGGUUUCACUAGCCUGCUCCUGCUUUGUUCCAUGAAAUGUGCAUACCAGCGGAUGAGUUUUGGGUAAAUAAUUGGGGGUGUUUGAGAUGUGCCAAGGUUUGAAAGGGGCACCGGAAUUUUCUAACUGCUGCUAACCAUGAUUGAAAAUAUUACCUGGAAGGGAGAGAUGUGUGUGCUGGUUAUUGUGGUAUAUGCAUGAUGCCGCAGCAACUAGGGGAGGGGGGAUGUUUUGUUGGUCUGAAACAUUGAAGCUGGCCGGUAGAGAGUUUGCCUGAUGUAAUGCCACGCACUGCGAAGGUCAAGUCGGUGGCAACAUUGGAGACCGUACAGGAGAUUGGUGUCUAUAUUCAUAGGUUUCACAAUCUUGACCUUUUUAAGCAGGGAUGGUAUCGGAUUAAGAUCACUGUGAGAUGGGAGGACAGUGAAAGUUUAUCUUUCGGAAUUCCAGCUAGUGUUGUUCAAUACGAAGCUCCUGAUCUGGAUCCUAGCAGUGUAUAUGGUGUAUGGAGGAUCGAUGAUACAGAUAAUAGUUUCUCAACUCAGUCUUUUCGGAUAAAAUACGCCAGGCAGGAUGUUCAUCUGUAUAUGAUGAUUGUGUUCAACUUAUCCCGUAGUGAAUUUGUGGAUUUAGCUACAACUGCUGUUAUUUUAAAAUUUGAACUUAUAUAUGCUCCUGCAACUGAGGAUGGUGUCAACAUGCAAGCUUCUCUGGAUGAUUCCUCUGCUGCUAUCCAUGAAUUCCGAAUUCCUCCUAAAGCUCUUAUAGGAUUGCAUUCUUAUUGUCCUGUCCAUUUUGAUGCUUUACAUGCAGUGCUUGUUGAUGUAAGUGUACAUGUCACUCUACUGAAAGCUGUCUCUUACUCAUCUGCUUUGAAGUUUCCCAGUAAUUCUGCCAACAGUGAAGUCAUUAUUGAUAAAAGUUCCGUUUCAAAAAAAAAUAUUGAUAAAAGUUGUGACACAUUGAAUCAAGGCUUUGGUGGAGUUGCUUUUCUAGAUACGGGAAAUGUCUCACUUGUUAAAGCAUUAUUAACUUCUCGUGAUAUAUUGGUUGAAGAACUACAAAAAAUCAGCAAAGCAAUCAAUGAAGCUUUAGAUAUUUCAGAGUUUGUGUCAAUAAUGAGUAAUAUGAAGUUAUUAAAUUCUGUGCUGCAAGUGAAUCAAUUUGCAAUAGAUGUUGAAGUUGUAGGACAAGGCAAGCCACAAAAUGGUCUUAAGGGAGGAAAUGAAGCUCUGGAUUUUCUGGAUGUUGAAAAGCUCCAUUCCCUGUCUCAGAAUGAACUGUUGGAAUGUUUUCAUUCAUUGGGAGAUCAAUUGAUCUAUUUAUGGAAAAUAUUUCUAAAGUUCCAUAGGGAUAACAAAUCAAGGAUUUUAGGAUUUUUACGUGAUGCAUGGGUGAAGGACCGGAAAGCUGAAUGGUCAAUAUGGAUGCUAUAUUCUAAGGUAGAGAUGCCUCAUCAUUACAUAAACAGUAAGAGUGAAGAGUCUUCCCAUCGUGGUGUACACAGACGAGUUUCCAGUUUGUGGAAGUUACCUGAUGAUCCUCUCCAGACUGCGGCUACACGUGCUGAACUUCAUCGAAGGAGCAUUGAACAAAUGCGGAUUAACAACCGCUCAGUUCAAGACAUGCAGAUAUUUGGAGAUCUCUUGCAUACUCCAAUUGUGAUUGUUGAACAUGUGAUGAAUGUACCCCGUCGCUGUCCGAGUGCAAAUUCAUUACUGAGACAUAUUGGGUGUAUAGAUUCAGAUGGCUUACCAAUUGGCCUCAGCUCUGACACUAUAGGCAAGAAAUUUGCAACACAAAGUAAUGCUCGUGUGUUGAGGAUUGUUGUCUUUGUACAUGGAUUUCAGGGGCAUCAUCUAGAUCUACGACUUGUCCGGAAUCAAUGGCUUUUGAUAGAUCCCAAAGUAGAAUUUCUGAUGUCCGAGGCUAAUGAAGAUAAAACAUUUGGAGACUUCAGAGAGAUGGGACAUAGGCUAGCUAAGGAAGUUAUUGCUUUUCUUAAAAGCAAAAUGGACAAAGCAUCAAGAUAUGGGAGUCUGGGAGAUAUUAGGCUAAGUUUUGUUGGACAUUCAAUUGGUAAUCUCAUUAUAAGAACAGCGAUAGCAGAUAGCAUAAUGGAGCCAUUUCUAUGCCACCUACAUACAUAUGUUUCAGUAUCUGGUCCACACUUAGGGUAUCUUUAUAGUUCAAACUCGUUGUUUAAUUCUGGAUUGUGGUUUUUGAAGAAGCUAAAAGGCACACAGUGCAUUCAUCAACUUACUUUCACAGAUGAUCCAGAUUUCCAAAAUACAUUUCUCUAUAAACUGUGUAAGCAGAAGACCUUGGAACAUUUUAGGAAUAUUAUUCUGCUAUCUUCCCCCCAGGAUGGUUAUGUGCCUUACCAUUCUGCUAGAAUUGAAUCAUGCCAGGCUGCUUCACGUGACACUUCAAAGAAGGGUAAACUGUUCCUAGAGAUGUUGAAUGCUUGUUUGGACCAAAUCCGUGCCAACUCCAUGCAACAUCGAGUCUUCAUGCGCUGUGAUGUCAACUUUGAUGCAUCUACCCAAGGCAAGAAUCUGGACUCUAUAAUAGGUCGGGCUGCACAUAUUGAAUUUCUGGAUUCUGACAUUUUCGCAAGGUUCAUAAUGUGGUCAUUCCCUGAUCUUUUUCGAUAGCAGUUGUUGUGGUUUUCCUUCUCUGCAUUCAGUUCUAAAGCCUUCAGGCGUAAUCUCUCACCCUUCAGAUACCAAUAGUGCUCAGAUUUCUGUGACAGGGUGUUCAAAGAAAAGGUUAGCACUUAACAGGUGCAUGUUGAUGUCUGAGUUGUAUAUUUACUUGCCUUCAACACGUUUUUCUUAAAACACAGUUGUACUUCUGUGCAUAGUUUUAGGAAGGGUCAACGACAGAGUGAUGUAAUUAUUUGGUUAGGUUGAUCAAUAUAUAUAUUUGAUUAAGAAUA